AUGGUAGGUGCAGACGGAAACCCGCACCGCUCUGCAGCCCCCAGGCUCUGCCUCUUCGCCUUCUCCAGCCCGCAGCUGGGCCGGGCUGUGCAGCUGCUGCACCAGCGCGGCGUGCGCGUCCGCGUCGUCACCGACUGCGACUACAUGGCCCUCAAGGGCUCGCAGAUCGGUCUGCUCCGCAAGGCAGGUAUCCAGGUUCGACAUGACCAGGACCUGGGCUACAUGCACCACAAGUUUGCCAUAGUGGACAAGAAGGUGCUGAUCACCGGCUCCCUCAACUGGACCACUCAGGCCAUUCAGAACAAUCGAGAAAACGUUUUGAUUAUGGAGGACGAAGACUAUGUGAGGCUUUUCCUGGAAGAAUUUGAGCACAUUUGGGAAGAGUUCAACCCGACAAAGUACACCUUUUUCCCACAAAAGAGGAGGAGUCACUGAAGCUGUGCUCUCACUGUGUCUUGGA